CGCAAACUUGACGUUUGCGUCGACGUUUUAAUAUUUCAUGUGAGCCCUAUUAAUAUAGAUAUAUUUGUACAAUCACGUUCGGAGCGUAUCUUGCAGGUGACAUUAAUUCCUGAAUGCGCGAAUGAACAAGUACGAUGUGGCAUCGCGCAAUUAGGUUUCGCAGACGCCGAUGGCCGUGCGUGCAGCGGCGGAGAAGUGCUGCAAGUAUCGAUUAUUCAAGCUGUACUAUCGUCGCCGCUGAGGCGCAAGAAGAAGCGAAGAGAAAAUGCCGUCGCGCGAGCGAAUGGACAAUAAAUAUCGAAAAGGAAAGAAAGAAAAGAAAGAAUCCCCAACGCGUGUGUGGAAGCGAAGAAAAAUGGAUCUGUGGACGAAACGAGGGCUCAGCUCCCGUUAAUUGGCUGAGUACGCCUUCAGAGCAACCCUCCGUUCUCUUUGGAUAUGCAGCACCGCGAAGGGCUGUGCGGAGAAGUGGCGAGCACCCCGGGAAGUUAAGCACUCAGAGCCCCGCUUGUUUGAGGACGCAUUACUCGCGAUAAUUAUCGCCUGGUUCUGCUUUAUCUGACAAUCUGUCGGAGGAUCGAAAAAACACGGAGCAUUGGAUGAGAUAUUUCUUCUUAUGAUUUAGAGAGAAAGAGAGAGAAAAAAGAGAUAGACAUUCGAAGUCUGGCUGUUGAGGGACAGAAGGCCAGAUAUCCCGUACGAAUAUCCUACGUAAACACAUAAUCCUCUCUCCCUAUUGCUUCCGAAGCGCGAAAUCACAUCGGCUGUUCUCGUGCGAAGUUACUGGCAUCUUCCUCCCUUCGGAAGCGCUAUUACUGGCACCCCCGACCUCACUCCUCCAUCGUCUCUCCAUCGCCGUUCCUUCGGAGGUCCCACGAGGCGAGAUCGAAUCACCCUCGCCGGCAAAUUGUCCCCGUCUUCCUGGCACCGAAAACACGCAACGGCGCCGUAUAGAUCGGGCAUUCAUUCAUAGAAGCCAACCUUCUGUCAUAAUGCCCGCCCCCAAAGCGCACCCCGAUAGACGAUCGGGGUGCGGGCGGCAGUACGACCCCGACAGGGUGAGAGGGGUGGCCGGCAACCCCGGCUUUAGUCGCGAUGUGCGCGUCGUCCCGACGCAGUUGCUGUCCGUUUCGCGUUUCCUCGCCGGCAAGCAAGAUCUCGCAAAGCGUAGCGUGUCACGAGACGAGAUCUUGUGAUUUUUUCGGAAACUUUGAAACAACUUGAAAGCAAAUAGCGCGAGUGAUAUCCGAGCGAUACGUCGCUUGAGAAGUUACAAAGGCAGACGAAUCGUUGGAUUUCAUUUGCGAACUCGAUGACCUAAUCACUGCAGUGUCAUCAAUAUAUUAUCAGCGUCGCGAAGUCGUUGACAGUCCUCGAUGAACUCGGCCAAGGAAGACGAGUGCUCGCUUUCCUCCACGUUAAUCCGAGACAUCACACUGUUAUGAACUUGUUUGCGAAGAUUGAGUGCAGAGUUACAAAGACAUUGUUGAGUGAAGUUAAGAACUGAAAAAAAGAGAAAACUCUCAUUACUUAUUUACAAAGAACAGAGAGAAGAAAAGAGGAAGAACAAAUAAGAGUAAAAACAAUUCAGUUUAGUCAGCUUCCCGGGCUGCAGCUUGCUAUAAGCGUCGUCGACGUCCCUUCUGCGACGGCGGGAGGAUAAUUUCGGCGUCCGUGGAGGGUUGACGGGGGGGCAACCCUCGGCGCGGGGAUGUGCGCGAGGGUGUUUGUACGGUGUGGAUAGGCGAGCCGGCAAUUUCGCGUGCGGCCGGGCUGCUCUCGAUAUCGAUUCCAGAAGGUCGCCCCCGAAGUAGUCGCGCACCCUAGUCGUUCUUCCGACGUCUCGCGGUCGGCAAAACGACUGAUUGUUGACAUCGCCGUCGUCGCCGCCGUCGUAGCCAGCGCGGCUGAUGCGCGUAAGAUCGAUGAGAAACGAGAUCGAUCAGCUUAGAGAAGUGUGCUCAACGGUUCUUCCUUCUGCGACUGAUCUGCGAGGACUAGUCGUGCCAGGGAAGAUGCGGAUCGUGUCGGGAUAGAGCCACCACGUAAGCGAGCAUCAUAGGGACGCGGAAUUCCUGUCCGGGGCACCGAAAUAUCUCGGUUUGGCCCUGGCAGUCAUCGAUGAAGAGCUGGACAUGAGUUGGACAUCCGCACGGUCAUCAUUGGGAUUAUUAAUUAUCCUCCUCCUGAAAUGUGGUAUCGCGAGAUCGAUGAUAGACGCAAAGGAGCCGAUACUGUUGAAGGUAGUCGCUCCCCCGUCUCAUACGGCUUUAUCCGGCGACGUGGCCGUUUUGAUCCUGGAUUCGGCCGAAACGGAAUUCUCCACGGUAGCCACGAGCAUCGCUGUCACCGUCCCAGACGACACAAGAAAAGAUGAGAAGAAGAAAAUCGAUCCAAAGGAGGGGAAAGUCGCCGUGGCACACGAACCGCUCGUGCUCAGAGCACUGUACGUCGACGGUCUCACGUCGGAAUUGAUCGGUGAUUUCCCCCUGGAUAACCUGCCGCAUAGGGGUGAGAAUAUUUCUGUGAUAAUACCCUGUGGUGUCUUCUCGCGUGGCGGAGUUUAUAUCCUACGACUGCAGUACAAGAAGUUCUCAACGGUGGCUGCCAGACACACUGCCAUUGCUGGGCUGCCUGAAAUUGAGAUGAGCAGUGCCUUAGACGUAAAGUGGCCAACCCCUUCUCUGCUUCUGGAAUCCCAACACUUCGGUACAUAUCCUAGUCAGCCGAUAGUUGCAACCAUAAAGUACAAUGGAAUUUCUUGUGUACCUGCCAACGGCGUUCCAGUAGCGGCUUAUAUUUUGCAACUCAUUUACUGCGGCACCACCGCGGCCGCAUGCGAUCCACAGAACAACAGUCGCACGCAAGUGCUCUACUACGAGGAGGUGAACGGCUUCGCUUCGCCCAAGGUCAUCAAGCUGAAGUGCGAAUUUUUCGGACUGGCCGGCAAUUACGCGCUCAGAUUGAAGGCGUCGGACGUCAAUCCCUCUGCGCCAACCACGAGCGCGUAUAUCAAGGUAGAAUGGUCCGACGAGUUCAGCUUCAACGUACACGCAAGAUCGAUCUAUCCCUGCGAGGGAUCAACGGGCAUAUCUGUGCUUUUCCAGUAUCCCGCGUGUCGUCUUCAGGGCGAUCGCGUGCGCGUCUACGGUCGUCUACGGGCAGACGUGAGCUCUCUCGCGCCACCGUCCGCGUUGCAUUACGUGGCGGAGCUGAAGGCGGCGCCGGGCAAGCACUCGUUGAACUUCGACUGCGAUAUCUUCACCGAGAAGUUCAUCGAGUACUGCUUCGUUUAUGUGAGCCAGGCGAUCACCGGCGCGAUGGCGGAAGUGAAGCUCGCGUGCAUACCCACCUUCCCGCUUCUAGAGAACGACGCGGCCGGUUGGGGUCCUUGGAGCGCGUGGAGUCCUUGCAGCAGCUCUUGCGUGGGUGGAACACGCAAUCGAUAUCGAUUCUGCGACACGCCACCUCCGAAGUACGGGGCGAAAUUUUGCCAGGGAAAGGCGGUCGAGACGGAAUCGUGCGGCGGCACCGGCAGGAUCGAUUUUCGAGAGGCGUGGAACACCGAGGGAUGGGAGUGCCGGCACGGAAUGACAUUAGCGGCUGCGAGACCGGAAGUCACGGCGCAAAUUGGCGUUCAGUGCCGGUGCGGUUGUAUCGUCAAUUUUCAGGAGAAAACUUUCAACAGGAUCCUGGCGGCGAACACUCAAGCCUGCCCCGGCCGUUCUUUCUGGCUACUGCAGACAAAACCCGAUUACGUGAUCCGACUGCACCUGGAUCAAACGCAAUUCCCAUGUCCAGGACAAUACUUCCGCGCUCGCGACGGCGAUUCAUUGAGUGCCGACCUCUUGACGGACAUCGCGUUCGACAAGAGUGCACCCGCGACGGGAACGAUAUUCUCCUCGGGUCAGAACUUGCUGCUCGAGUUCUUCAGCGACGAAUUGACUGCCUCGGGGGACUCCUGCGUAGGUGGUUUUCUAGGUCACGCAAGCAUGUUUCAUAAGCUGUAUGAGAAGAACAAAACGUCGAUGUUGCUACCGUCGAAGACGAGUACCGCCCCCGCUGUUGAGCAAUGGUUCUUCUGGGGUCCCGCGCAUCUGGCGACAGCGUCCAUUUUGAUACUCAUAUUCUUUAUAUCUAUUUUUCUAGCAUUGCAAUUUGCGCUGAAGUACAGGAAGUACCACAUCGCGGAGGAUUUGGAUACUCUGAGUGAACAUUCCGGCUGUAGCGACACGAUGCACACGAUGGUGGGACGAGCGAAAUCGAUGUCUUCUACGACGCUAAUCUCGGAGGUCGCAUCUCUGGUGGGACUGCCGAGGAAGUGUACACCGAGACUGUCGAAACGCAAACUGGCUCCCUGCGCGGUGGAGGACGGCUAUGAUAGCUCGGAGACUUUGGCGGAGUACGAGGACGAAACUAGCCUGAGCUCGACUACCUUGAAGUUCAAAGACAACGAGGAGAGCUGUACCGAGAGAAGCGUGAUACCGAAUAAACUGCACGCCGCUGAAAUGCCGCCGACAAUGUCGGCUAUGAUGGCAGUUGGUCAGCCGGAAGUGAAAUAUGCCCAGCCAGUCAAAUUACGCACUCUGGGCUCCGACAGUCCGGCGACGAGCAACCUGACAAUAGACGACACAAGAUGCCAAAGUAUAGCGAGCAUCAACGACAGCCCGCACAUCGCAAAACUCCAUCGUUAUCCGUUGCAGUCUAAGGAUUCGUCGACAAGCAGUCCGCUGUCAAGAAUCUCUACUUUACGCAGCGGUAAGGAAACGAAGGAUCGUCGUAAUCGCGAACGACUGCUCCGGGCAGGCCCGGGUUCAGAGUUCAGCUUGACAAAUCCGGAGACCGACAUGGAGUUGGACUAUUACGAUUACAACGUUGCGAAUGCCGGCGCCGCGCCGGGUUCGUACUUAGGUAUGGAUCCCGCUUUUCUCCUAUGGAUUCCUCCGUUGAUCUCCGAGGAUUCUGAAGAUCCGUCUGCGGAUCGACCGGAUUGUUUUCAAGGCACAACGAGCUCAGCGUUGUUCUGUCUACCGGAGAGCACUGAGGGCGCGAGCCUGACGCCGGCCGAGUAUCGGCGUAUGCGGCAUCUCAGUGCCGAGGAGGCCAGAUCGAACCUCGAGCAGAAACGCCAGGACUCAACGUCCUCGUCGUCGUCCAAGAACGACUCGUCGUCGGGCGGUAGCGCUGUUUCCGAGGACAGCAUCGCGGAAAGCAGAGCCAGACUGAACGAGCGCUUGCUGCCGAUCCACCGGAUCCUGGAGGACUCCAGGACCCGUGUGAGCGAGGAGUCCCUGUGCAGUCAGCUCGCGAUCGAUAGAACGCAAUGCGUCAUUCCCAAUCGACUUUACGGCGGCAAAUCCGAUCUCUGCCAGGAGCAGGAAGCUGCGAAAACUAGCAGUCGACAAGGUAGCCUUGUAAAUAUUAACGACGGCAUCGCGGCGAGAUCGGAGGACAAGUUGGAGAGAUCGAGGCAGGCCACGAAGGGACAACCGGAUGAUACCGGUACUCGUGCCACUUCGAGAUCACAUAUGAAUCAAAAGACCAAGGAUAUCUUGCAGGAAGAUAAGAAACACUACCUCAAGGACGAGAGCAUAUCCAAAUUCCCCGGUAAGACGACAAGCUCGAAUCCACAGAGUUACACGGACGGUAACGCGACGGAAAGGCUCGACAAGGAUCUGCGAGCUGCCAAGGACGAUCCCCGGUCGGACGUUCUGCUGUCGAACCUGAACACGACGCCCGGCAAGUAUCGAGACUUCACGCAGUUCACGCAGCCACGUGAGUCAAAUAAGCAGCUGUCGGACUGUACUAACAUACCGAUGAUCGAAUUCUCGGGGCCGCGACUAGGCUCACCGCCGACGACGCAGAAACUCACGACCGACAACCUGAACAUUAGCCUGUCCAAGAAGGAGAUCCAGAGUCCGGAUUACGGGGUUGAGAGCGACAUGAAGACGGAGUCGCGCGAGACCUUCUACGAUCUGAUUCGUGAGAACGAAGACGGGAUUAAAUUCGCGGACGAUGACGACGAGUAUAUCGAUAACAGAGCGAAUCUGUGAAACUUGUUGUAAUUACUGCAUAUGGGAGCGCAAUAAAGAUCACUGCUAUUUUAUGGCUGAAAAUCUUA